AUGGUGAUGGUGAUGAUGGUUUGCUUGACAGCGGCAAACGUAGCAUGGGGGCAACCGAAGCCCGGGUGCUCAGGCAGCUGUGGCAAUCUCACCAACAUUCCCUACCCUUUCGGCACAUCUCUAGAAUGCUCUUUCGAUGAAACCUUUUUGAUUUCUUGUAACGACACCACAUAUCAAAAUGGAGGCCAUCACAAACAAGCAUACUUCCCCAACAGCUUCAUACCCAUCACCAACAUAUCACUCAGAGAUCACGAAUUGCGAGUGUCCGGUCCCAUUGCCCGAGACUGUUACUACGCAGACGACGAGGAGUACGACCGCCACGCUAACGUUGUCAUGCAAACUAACUCCAAAUUUCCAGUCUCAAGCAAGCGCAACGUGUUGGUCGCUAUCGGGUGCGAAGCAAUCGGGGCCAUCGAAAGCCCGAUAAAUUACGAUGCCUUAGCUGGAUGCUUGUCACUUUGCAGCCAAGUAGAGGAAGUGAAGAAUGGGACUUGCUCUGGAGCUGGCUGUUGCCAGAUAUCCAUAGCAGACGGCGUCAUAGAUUAUUCUCUCAUGGCUGAAAACUUGUUCAACCAUUCCGACUUCAACCCCUGCGAUUAUUCUUUCGUUGUGGAAGUGGGCGCCUACAGCUUUUCGUCUCUGGAUCUUGUAGACCUGCAGAAGAGAGAGUCUUUUCCUGUGGUGCUCGAUUGGGCUGUUGGGAAUUACCAGUCUUGUGAACAAGUCAACAACAGCAGUACUGCAUGCCAGUCAACGCAUAGCGAAUGCUACAAUUCAACCAACGGCCCUGGCUAUCGCUGCAAAUGCCUGGAGGGUUUUCAAGGCAACCCUUACCUCGUUGAUGGCUGCCAAGAUAUUAACGAGUGCGAGAUUUGGAACCUCUGCGUUAGCCAAGCGACAUGCCACAACAACGUUGGAGGCGUAGAAUGCCGUUGUCCAAAGGGACACAUUGGAGACGGCUUGAUAAGUGGAAAAGGUUGCAUCCUAAAAGAUGACAAAUAUCUAAGAUUUGCUAUUCCAAUGGGUUUUUGCCUAUGCCUUUUGGCGGUUCUUAUAGGAGGUUUGUGGAUCUAUUGGGGACUAAAGAGAAGAAGGUUCAUGAAGCUCAAAGAGAAAUUCUUUAGACAAAACGGUGGCCUUCUGUUACAACAACAGCUCUCUGAUCAUAAAGGAUCCAUUGAGAUGAUUAAAAUUUUUACUGCAGAGGAGCUCAAGAGGGCAACCAAGAACUAUGAUGAGAGUAUGGUGCUUGGCCAAGGAAGUUUUGGAACAGUUUACAAAGGAACUCUGCUAGAUAACAAGGUGGUUGCCAUUAAGAAGUCCAAAGUCUGCGACAAGAAUCAAAUCGAGACUUUCAUUAAUGAGAUGAUUGUCCUUUCUCGAGUCAACCAUCGCAAUGUCGUCAAGCUUUUAGGUUGUUGUUUGGAGACAGAAGUGCCCCUGCUCGUUUAUGAGUUCAUCACAAACGGGACACUUUACAGCCACAUCCAUGACAGGACCCAAGAUUCUUGCUCAGCACUUUCAUGGAAAAUGCGUCUUAAAAUUGCAACAGAAAUUGCAGGGGCACUUGCCUACUUGCACUCUGAAACUUGUAUACCUAUCAUACACAGAGAUGUCAAGACUGCAAACAUAUUGUUGGACGAGGAUUACAUAGCAAAGAUGUCUGACUUUGGAACUUCGAGGCUCAUCCCGGUGGAUGAAACUCAGUUGACAACGUUGGUGAGGGGAACAUUUGGAUAUUUGGAUCCAGAAUACUCUCAGAGCAGCCAGCUAACAGAAAAGAGUGAUGUUUAUAGUUUUGGGGUUGUUUUGGUGGAGCUACUAACGGCUAAGCAGGUCAUUUCUUUUGCAAGGCCAGAGCGCGAAAGAAAUCUAGCAAUGUAUUUUGUUUCUCAAAUGAAUGCAGAUCGUUUGCUUGAAAUUCUUGAUGAUCAAGUUCCCCUCAAUGAAGAAAUUAUCGAGCAGCUAAGGGAAGUUGCUGACCUUGCAAGUAAGUGUUUGAGGAUGAGAGGAGAGGAAAGACCUGCUAUGAAGGAUGUCACGGCAGAGUUAGAAAGAAUAAUUAAUACUAAUUAG